AUGCGUCCCUUGACCCUCUUCAGAUUGACGGUCCUGUGCUGCAGCGCGCAGCAGGCGCAGAGCCUGCGGAUCGCCUGCAACCAGAUGUGGAUCGAGCACACGCCGAUCGCCUACGUGAUCCAGAACUUCUACAAUACCGCCGGCGGCAGCAGCGGCGGUGGCGCCGGUAGCGACGGCGACACGGCCACGCUCGUCAACGGCGGCGUGCCGAACCUGAGCGACAAGACGGUCGACCUGGCGGCCAACGCCGAGACGCAGGGGCUGAUCAGCUACGCGCGCAACAGGAACCUCCGGCUGAUCGGCAUCGUCGUCGAGGUCGGCUACCGGCUGGUGGCCAACCGGGCGGCGGGCGUGCGCGCGCUGGCCGACCUGCGCGGCAAGCGGGUGGGCACGAUGCCGGGCACGUCGGCGGAGGUGUUUGUGCACCAGCUGCUGGCGAGCGCGGGGCUGGCGCAGGCCGACUACCGCGUGGUCAGCGGCGGGGUGUGCAUGCGGGCGCCGUGCGGCGCCGGCACGCUGCCGCAGCUGCUGCAGGGCGGGCAGGUGGACGCGUUCGGCAUCUGGGAGACGGCCGUCGAGCUGGGCAUCGAGGCGCUCGGCCCGGCCAACGCGGUCGUCUUCCAGAACGCGUCCGUCUACCGCGAGGUCUACUCGCUGUACUCGACCGCCGACAAGCUGCGGGACGCCGGUGCGCGCAAGCGCAUCGUGCAGUUCGUGCGCGCGCUGAACCAGACGUACGCCGUCUUUGCGAACCAGCCGGACAAGGUGUAUUCGACGGUGGCGCAGAUGGUCUCUGUCAAUGUGCCCGUGCUGCAGAAGGUCUGGAGUGUCCACAAAUGGGGCCCGGGGAGUCUGGGGCCGGACCUGGUGGAUUAUCUGGCGAAUGAGGACCAGUACCUUUCCAAGACCGAGGGACGGCAGGCAUUCUCCAGGGCUGACUUGGAGACAUUUGUCGAUGCAAGUGUGUAUCAGGAGGCCAUGCAGGGGUAG